AUGGUCACCGUCGCAGUCGCUGGAGGUAAUUCCACCAUUGCCUCAAACAUCAUCAACGCCAUCCUCGCAUCCAAGAAGCAUCGCCUCGUCGUCCUCUCUCGCUCCCCCCAGCCCGACCUAGAGACAAGAGGCGCCGUCGUCAAAGUUGUAGACUAUGAAUCUCACGAGCAGCUCACAAAAGCCCUCGAGGGCGUUCACACCGUCCUGAGCUGCAUCUGGGCCUAUGGUCCCGUCAUUGCCACUUCACAGCUCGCUCUGCUAGAAGCAGCCAAGGAAGCCAAAGUGAAGCGCUUUGUCCCAUCGGAAUGGGCAGUCCCCGCAUACGAUAAAGUCACCUACUACAAAAUCAAAGAGAGCGUUUGGGAAGCAGUCAAGAAGUCCGGGCUGGAAUACACGCGCUUCAUCGUCGGUCUCUGGUUGAACAUCUGGGCUGCAGAAGCGCCACGCGAAGAGGCCGUCGGACGUUCUGGCUACCUGGGACCGCCGUUGAUCAUCGAUAUCAAGGCCGGCACCGCCUCAAUUCCCGGAGAUGGCUCGCGCAAGGUAGCUUUCACAGACAUGAGAGACAUUGGCAAGUACGUCACCGCUGCUCUCGACUUUGAGAAAUGGGACGAGGACAGCGUCAUUGUCGGGGGAAAGGUUUCGGUCAACGAGUUUAUUGAAAAGGUGGAGCGCAUCACCGGCAAGUCUCUGACCAAGACUUACUUCUCUCUGGAGCAGCUCGAUGGCUUGAUUGCGGGAAAUAAGGAACCCAUGAUGACGAUGAUUUAUGAGUUCUUGAAGCUUAUUGAAGUGGGAGACGUUGACCUUACGGCAACGGUGAACCAGAAAGUUCCAGAGGUGAAGCCGAUUACGCUUGACGAGUUUUUAGCUAGACACUGGGGUAGUGAGUAG